GUUGAAAAAGGCAGUGGCGGUAAGUGAGAGGGCACACACUCCAGCGAGAUGCCUGUGCGAGGACACGGCCCGAUCAUGGACCGCAGGACGAGACUCUACCCUGGCACCCUGACCCUGCUGGCCGUCCUCAUCGCCCUGGGACUGGAACCCUGCUCCGCCGCUCCCCCCGCCAAGAACCGCUGUGACAAGGUGGUGACGGUGACCACACAGACCCGCUGCCACUCCUGCCUGAUCAGCGCCUUGGUGGACUGCCCCAAGGGCUUCAAGAAGAGGAGGCCGGGGAUCGGGCAGCCCGGCUGCAAGUACACCGUCAGCACGGCCAAAAACAUGGGCCUGUCAAUCAAAGGCUGUUCGCACGAGUGCUUCAAGGAUGUCCUGGAGCCCCUGUGCUGUCCUGGUUACUGGGGCACGGAGUGCAUCGAAUGCCCGGAGAACGCUCAGAACCCCUGCAACAACAACGGCGUGUGCUCAGACGGCCAAUCAGGCAACGGCACCUGCGCCUGUAAGGCAGGGUUUGCUGGUACGGCCUGUGAGGACUGCAGCAGCUCGUUUUAUGGACUCUCCUGCAGCUCAGUCUGCAGCUGUGUCCAUGGUGUCUGUAGCAGCGGUAUCCAUGGUGAUGGGCAGUGCACCUGUUUCUCAGGAUACAAAGGCCUGAGGUGUGACCAGCAGCUGCCGGAGUGCGCGUCCCUGCAGUGCUCCCAGAAUGCUCGCUGCAGCGAGGACGCGCUCACGGGCCAGCUGCAGUGCAGGUGCCUGGCGGGUUACCAGGGAAACGGCGUCCAGUGCACAUCCAUAAACCCCUGCCUGCAGAACGUCUGUCACUCAAAGGCAGUCUGCGCCCACCUGGGGCCCAAUCAGCACUCCUGCACGUGCAUGGCGGGUUACCGUGGCGACGGGGUGGUGUGCAUGGAGGUGAACCCCUGCCAGACCGACUUCGGCGGCUGCUCGGCGGAGUCGGCCCACUGCGUGUACAACGGUCCCGGGAAGUCUCACUGUGAGUGCCUGGAGGGGUUUGAGAACCUGACGCCUUCUGGGGCCUGUAGCCUGAGGGACGCCUGCAUACCCGGGUUCUGCAGCGCCAACGCCGUCUGCACCACCACCGGACCCGGCACCGCUCAGUGCGCGUGUAAUAAGGGUUUUAUCGGCAACGGGAAGCUUUGCUACGGCAACAUCAUGCAGCGGCUGCAGGAGCUCAACACCGAGCCCAACGGGCAGUGGGUCGGGCAGCUGUCCAAUGCCAUCACUCUGUUCGAGUCCACCAUGUCCUGGCCCCUCUCCUCUCUGGGUCCCUUCACUGUUUUCAUCCCCAUAAACAAGGGCUUCAAAGGCACAUCGGUGAAGGCCCUGCUGGAUGACCCGAUGAAUGCUCAGUACCUGUGUAAGCUGCACGUGGUGGCUGGGGAGCUGUCCCUGGAGGCUCUGAAGAGGGGCGAUGUGUUCUACACCCUGACCGGGAAGUCUGGGGAGGCCGUGACCACCGAUGAGGAUCAGCAGAUCAAAAUCCGUAUCCAUGGCAGCAGGAAGAAGGGGGAUAUCGUACAGUCUGAUGUCAUCGCCUCCAACGGGGUCAUACACCUCAUCAGCAAGCUGAUGGACAGCGUUCCCCCCACCGUUCAGAGCGAGAAAGAGGAGAACCUGAUGAAAAUUCUCUCGGACAAUGGAAAAUUCAACAAGUUUAAGAGCUUUUUAGAGAUGGCCAACGUGGUGUCCCUUCUGGAGGGGGCGGGGCCAUACACUCUGUUUGCUCCCACCAACACCGCCAUGGACGCCAUGAAUCAAGCGGACCAGGACUACCUGCUCUCCGACCAGGGUAAAACUAAACUGCUGGAGCUGGUGAGGAACCAUGUGAUCCAGUCUGUGGGGAUGGAGGUUGUCAACAUCGUGUCAGCUCCCCGCACUGUGACGAUGGCCAAUCAGGUCCUGACGUUCAACGUGACCAGCAAUGGGCAGAUCCUGGUGAAUGGAGCAGUGAUUCUGGAGGCGGACGUUCAGGCCAAAAACGGGCGCCUUUACUCUGUGGAUGCAGUCCUGGUCCCCGCCUCCAUCGAGCCCAUCCUGCCCCGAAAAUGUGAUGUCAUCAAGUCCAACAUUAUCAAGGGCAACUGUGUCAGGUGCUCCCUGGUGAUAAAAUCGUCUUGUCCCUCUGGCGUUUCCACGGACACCUUCGCUAAAGGCUGCGUCUUCAGAGACACCAGUCUAGGUGUGGUUGUUCCUACACUUGGCUGCUCCCUCUUCUGCAAUCAGACCGUGACAACCCCGCUGUGCUGUAAGAGUUUCUAUGGGCCGGACUGCAGCCCCUGUCCUGGGGGCUUCACCACGCCCUGCUCCGGACAGGGUCAGUGCAUGGACGGGAUUGAAGGGAACGGGACCUGUAUCUGUAAGGACAACUUCAAGGGCUCCCACUGCCAGCUCUGCUCCAACCCCAGCAAAUACGGGCCCGCCUGCGACAAGACAUGCCCCUGUAUCCAUGGCGAAUGUGACAAUCGGCCUGACGGUGACGGGUCCUGCAAGCCGGGCACCUGCCAGGACGGGUACACCGGCCGGUUCUGCGAGCGCCACACCCAGACCUGCGGCCCCAGGGUGGAGUUCUGCCAUUCCCACGCCAUCUGCGACUUCAACGGGGGAGCGGUCAGAUGCAUUUGCAAGACUGGUUACCAGGGAGACGGGAUUACGUGCGUGGAGACAGACCCGUGCGCUCUGCCGUAUCGAGGGGGAUGCAGCGUCAAUGCUAAGUGUAUAAAGACAGGCCCGGGCUCCCACACCUGCCAGUGCCUGCGGGGGUGGAGGCAGGAUGGGGACGGCUGCCAGGCCAUCAACAACUGCCUGGAUUCCAGCAGCGGCGGCUGCCAUGCCAACGCUACGUGUAUCUACAUCGGCCCGGGACAGAACGACUGCGAGUGCAAGAACGGUUUCCGUGGAAACGGGAGAGAGUGCGAACCUGUCAAUCAGUGUGUCCAGCAAAAUGGUGGAUGCCAUUACAUGGCUACCUGUCAGUACCUGUCACCAGGCGCGUGGAAGUGUGUGUGUAAGGAGGGCUACACAGGGGACGGCCAGGUGUGCUACGGGACCGUGGUGCAGGAGCUGUCUGCGAUCCCUGAUGGUGCUGAAUUCUAUAAAUGGGUGAAUGAUGCUGGCAUCUCUAAGAUGCUCUCCACGACCCAGGAUUUCACCCUGCUCCUCCCCUCCACCAGCGCCGUGCAGAACAUGCCUAAGGCCGACCGGGACUUCUGGACCAGCAGGAGCAGUUCCCUCACCACCAUCAUCAAGUGUCACAUGAUUCAGGGAGUCUACCAGCUGGCAGACCUACGCAACUCAUCAGUUCAGCAGCUCACCACCUUCCUGAAGACAUCACUUCCUGUUUCCUGGAACGAUGUGUCAACAUCCAUUGGAGGAUCCGCAGUCACAUCAUCGGAUAUCGCAGCGACUAAUGGAGUCAUCCACAUUAUCGAUAAGGUGUUCAUUCCGGAUCGGAAGCUGAGCGAGGGGCUGCUGGAGCUGCUGGAUCAGAAGCCGGAGUACUCCCUGUUCAGGAGCGCCCUCGCUAAAUACAACCUGACGCAGGAGAUGGAGAAGUCCUCCGCCUACACCGUGUUUGCCCCCAGCGACGGUGCGGUCAGGACGUACCUGAGCAGGACCGGCUCCGCCUCUCUGGACGUGAACACGACGCGGAAUCACAUCGUCCUGGCAGAGAAGCUGAUGAGGAGUGCCCUGCGCAACGGCCUGUACAAAGACUCCAUGCUCGGCUUCUCCUUCCAGCUGGGCUUCUUCCUCAGGGAUGGCAACCUGUUUGUGAACGAGGCCCAGGUGAACCUCACUGAUCUGGAGACCAGCAAGGGGGUGAUCCACGGCCUGACCGGGGUGCUGGAGGUCAUACUGAACCGCUGCGACAGAGAGGAGGCCAGCUUCUCCUCGGGAUUCUGUCUGGACUGUUUCACCACAAAGAACCCCUGCCCAGAAGGAACUAAAGCAUCGUCCCGCAUGAAGAACAGGUGCCUGCUGAGGCGCACGCUGAACGGAGAGCAGAUCACCCUGUUCGGCUGCAGGAUGGUGUGCAAGAACUCCACCAUUAUCCGGCAGUGCUGUGGGGGGUUUUUUGGGAAGCACUGUGAGAACUGUCCCGGGCCGGUGGGGCAGCCGUGUUUUGGGAACGGGAAAUGCGAGGACGGGGCCGAUGGGAAGGGGACAUGCCAGUGCAAUCCGGGCUUCGCUGGGACAGCCUGUGAAACCUGCCAGCCUGGGAAAUACAGCAUCCACUGUGACCAGGACUGUAGGUGUGCCCACGGCCGGUGCAAGGAGGGCCCGCAGGGGGACGGGACGUGCGAGUGUGACGUGGGCUGGCGAGGGGUGUACUGCGACACAGCCGUCUCCCAGGACGCGUGCAGCGGGCGGUGCCACUCCAGCGCCAACUGCAUUGUCCAGGCUGACGGCUCCUCCUUCUGCAAAUGUGCCACUGGGUUUGAGGGGAACGGCACGUACUGCAUAGGGAAGGACGCCUGUGCGCUGAAUAAUGGCGGCUGCUCCCCCAAGGCCACGUGCAAGAGGACCGGCCCCGGGAGCAGGGACUGCCUCUGCCAGGCCGGUCACUAUGGAGACGGCCUGGUGUGUGUGGGAAUCAACCCGUGCCUGGUGGGCAAUGGAGGCUGCCACGCGAACGCCCAGUGUGUCCACACCGGACCCAACAAGACGGCUUGCGUUUGCAACAAGGGCUUCAGUGGAGACGGGAACAACUGCUCAGCCAUCAACCCCUGCAGGACGCGUAACGGGAACUGCCACCGGCUGGCCCUGUGCAACAUGACGGGCCCGGGGGAGCGGACCUGCAGCUGCAAGCCUGGCUACGUGGGCGACGGCCUGAGCUGCAAGGGCACCGUGGAGGAGGAGUUCUUCCUCAGCAAGAAUUCGUCCAUCAGGGAGUUUGUUUAUUAUAUGGCAAGGGCCAAGGUGCAGGAGCUGAGUGGCCUGGGCCCCUUCACUGUGUUCGCCCCCCCGGGGCCCCUCUUCAGCGAAAACUGGAGUCAGUGGCGAGCUAAGGGAGUGAUAUCAGACAUCAUGCGGUACCAUGUGGUGUCCUGCCGCACGCUGGUCCCCGCCGACCUGACCAAGCCCAGGAACCUGACCACGCUGCAGGGGGAGCCCCUGUCCAUCACCUACUCCGAGGACACCAUAUUCAUCAAUGGGAACACUAAGGUGGUGUUCAGUGACUCUGUGAGUUCCAAUGGCAUCAUACACAUCAUCGACGCUGUGCUGGUGCCCGAGAGCGUGCAGGCCGUUCUGAACAACCCGCAGGCUCCGCCCACUCCAGGGCAACAGAACCUGACAGAUCUGGCCAAAGUCCACGGUUAUGCCACUUUCACCAAGUUGCUGGAGGACACGGAGGUGCUGAACCUGGUGAACGACCGCAUCCACCAGCCGGUCACCUUGUUCUGGCCCACGGACAGGGCCAUGGACGCCCUGCCGCAGGAGCAGAAGGACUUCCUGUACAGCACGCAGAACCGCGCCCAGCUCCAGGAGUACCUCAAGUACCACAUCGUCCGGGACGCCAUGAUGUUCUCCUCUGCCCUGGUCUCCGCUUCUCUGAAGACUCUGCAGGGCUCAGACCUGACCGUGAAAUGCGCCGGUGAUGACGACAUAGGAAAGCUCUUCCUGAAUAACAGGAAGUGCCAGAUCCUGCAGAGGCAGCUGCCCUUCCGCGGUGGAAUCGCUCACGGGAUCGACUGCCUGCUGACUCCUCCCAGCCUGGGGGGGCGCUGUGACACCAUAGACACCCUCACUGUCAAUAGCCCCUGUGGCCGCUGCAACAGACCGUCCAGAUGUCCCUCUGGAAGUAAACUAAAGGAGAAGAAGAAGUGUGACCUGGCCAUGGCGAAGAUGGCGGGCUGCCAGGCCGUGUGCACCGUGGUGUUCUGGCGCUCCAAAUGCUGCGGCGGCUUCCACGGCCGGGACUGUCUGGCCUGCCCCGGGGGACCGAAGUCCGUCUGCAGCAAACACGGCAAGUGCGACGAGGGCCACUUUGGGACGGGCAACUGCACGUGUGACGCCGGGUUCCAGGGCGUGGCCUGCGAGCUGUGUGACCCGGGACGCUACGGGCCCAGCUGCCAAGCCUGUAACUGCUCGGAGCACGGCUCGUGCCAGGAGGGCAGGAAGGGGACCGGAUCCUGCUUCUGCGAACAGGGCUGGACUGGGAAACGCUGCGAGAGCCCAUUGGUGGUGCAGCCCGUCUGCUCCCCCGCCUGCUCCCCCGACGCCGUGUGCAAGGAGAAUAACACCUGCGAGUGCAAGCCCUUCUACGAAGGAGACGGCCUCACCUGCACCCUGGCGGACCUGUGUGCCCAGCUGAACGGGGGCUGUGCGGCCGAGUCCAGGUGCACGCAGAAGGGUGUGAAGGUGACCUGCGUGUGCCCGCGAGGCCACUCGGGGGACGGCUACGUCUGCCUGCCCAUCGACCCCUGCGCCGCCGACGACAACGGGGGCUGCCACGAGCACGCCACCUGCAGCAUGACGGGCCCGGGAAAGAGGAAGUGUGAGUGUAAGACUGGUUACAUCGGGGACGGCGUGAACUGCGAUGUCCGGGAUCUGCCAAUCAACCGCUGCGCCCAGGGCAACGGGCAGUGCCACUCGGACGCUCAGUGCACUGACCUGCACUUCGAGGACACGAAGGUGGGCGUGUUCCACGUGCGGUCCCCGCUGGGGCAGUACCGUCUGAACUACACCGAGGCCCAGGAGGCGUGCCGGGACAGGGGGGGCACCAUGGCCUCUUAUGUGCAGCUGUCCUACGCCCAGGAGGCUGGGUUUAACAUGUGCUCGGCUGGCUGGUUGGAGAAGGAGCGGGUGGCCUACCCCACCACCUUCUCCAGCCCCAAGUGCGGCUUUGGCCACGUGGGCAUCGUGGACUACGGCCCCCGGGUCAACCUGAGCGAGACUUGGGACACCUUCUGCUACCGCAUGCAGGACGUGCAGUGCACCUGUAAGCUCGGCUACAUCGGCGACGGGUACGAUUGCACCGGCAACCUGCUGCAGGUCCUCACCGCCACGCCCGGCUUCUCCAACUUCCUGUCCCAAAUCCUGAAUUACUCCCGCAGCUCUGGGCCCGGCCGGGAGUUUCUGAGCCGCCUCAGUAACAUCACCCUGCAGUCCACCCUGUUUGUGCCCGACAACAGCGGCCUGGACGAGAACAAGACCCUGUCGGAGCGGGACAUCGAGUACCACCUCUCGGAGAGCGGAGUGCUGUACUUCCAGGACCUGACCAACGGGACGCGGAUCAGAACCCGUCUGGGACACUGCCUGCGUGUGCUGGGCAUCUCCGACUUCCGCAACGCCAGCGUGCUGACUGCCUCCCGGUACAUCAAUGACCAGUUCCUCAUUGACUGGGACAUCCUGACGUCCAAUGGGAUCAUCCACGUCCUCCAGGGACCCCUGCUAGCCCCACCCAAAGAGCCGGAGUUCCACGCGGGGCACAAGGCCGGGCUGGGCAUGGGGCUGCUGCUGGUGGUCGCGCUGCUGGGCGUGGCCGCGUUUGGGCUGUACCGUUUCCACGGCCAGCGCGCCAAGCCCUUCCAGUUCCACUACUUCAAGGAUGAGGACGGAGACCCAGCCGAAGCCCCACAGCCUGAGGAUCUGAAGCCCAGCAUCUGCAAUCCCGUCUAUGACUCAUCAGUCUCCGCCCCCGCCAGCCCCGACCCUCCCGCUGUCCCCGCCUCCCCCGCGUACUCCGCCACUCCUGCCUACCCCUCCUACCUGGGCUUCUCUGUGAGUGAUAUUGACGGAGACACACAAGGUCUUGUGGAAAACGACCUGCUCCAGGACAGCUGAGAGGGGGUUCUGUCUCACACACACGUCCCCAAACAACGGCCUCGUCGCACGGACAAUGUGGAGAAACGUGAGCUACCUGUUACACCCACAGCAGCCACCGGAGGGCACCACUGCCACACUGUACUGUAGUCCACCUGCUAACUGAAGGAACCAGUUUUUUUUCUUUCUUGUUUUUUUUGUUUCAUUAAACAAACGAUUUAAAACAGUUGAAGGAAAAUCGGUUGAAAGAAGACACAAACAACUUUUACCUCUGCUGUUAUGCCACUUGUAUUUGUGUCCUCAUAACUGUGUUGCUGUCAGUAUGGUGAGAAAUGGGGAGUUUUCAUUUUAGCUGAAUUAUGAUUAGCUGUAAAUGUGAAAGAGGGCAGUCCAUGUCCAUUAUGAUUUGACAGUUAUAUACUGCAUUCCCAUUAAAUGUGACAAAAGUACGUUUGAACAAAACUAAAAGUAAUAAGCGUCCACCA